AUGACGACGAGGGUGUCAGGGUCCCGCUGGGGAGGCGGCAGGGGUGCCCCAAAGGCGUCCCGAGCGCUCGGGCUGGGGGCGCUGGUAGCUGCUUUCGGAGCCCGAGAGAAGGCCGCGGGGACUUCCCAGAGGAGAUUCCGAGGCCUGGCGAAGGUCACUCGCCUCGGUCUCCAGUGGACCUUUAGAAAAAAUUCUGAAUUGUGGCCCAAAGGCUCGGCGGGCUCUGUGAGAGCUGCGGGGGAGGCGGGACUGUGGCGGACCUACGGGGAUCCCGUGGUGUUGAGCGGGCGUAGCUCUUGCGGCUGGGACGGGCAGCCCCAGCGGGCGGUGGAAGCAGCGCCCGGAACAGGAAGGAAGCGGCGGUCUCACCGCGCUUCCGCUUGCGGUUUUGAGCUGGUGGGGGCAGAGCAGGCGAGGCUAUCCUGUCAUGCAUCCGCGUCCGAGGCGUCCAGCGGAUGUGGAAAGCAUCAACAGCCUAUGCUGUGUCCAUCACCCAGGACGACAGAGGAGCUGACAACUGGGGGACCGACCCUGACUUUGUGCAUAUACAAGAUAAGAGAAAACGUCUUUCAAGAACAUCACACUCUCAAGGAGAAGGAACUUCAAACAGGACCAAAAGCCUCCCAUGGCUAUGGAGGGAAAUUCUGCGUGGAACAGUACAGCAUGGACAAAGAACAAGCCAAAGCCAAAAAGAAAACAUCCACUGAGUCCCCCACUCCUCAUCCAGCUGAGGAGAGGCAGCCUUCCAGCCCCAUCUAUGAGGAUGCAGCCUCCUUGAACGCAGAGAAGAGAAUACCUAUGACGAGUAUGAGAACGACCUGGGCAUCACAGCCAUCGCACUCUAGGACUACCAGGCUGGAUCGAACUCCUGACCUUGUACUUGCCAAGCAGGUGCUUACACCACUGAGAUACAUCCCAGCCCUAUCCGUAUGUUAUUUCUGUGGCAUUGGUCACUAUCACCUGCCAAUCCACACCACUCCAGUAGCAGUUGAUGACUGCGAGGCGCUAUGCAUCAGGAUUGCAUUUCCAGUUGGUUUCUCUCAGCUUACUUCGUUCCUGCAUCGGCAAGGUAUAUCUCCCCUCGCGUGGGACUCCUCACACGGCACCGCUCCUGGAUUCUAAGCUGGUAAUCUCAGAGAGCCUCCGUGGCUGCUGUUAUUUGUCCACCAUGUUCUCCCGGAAGUCCCUGGUUUUUCUUAAUCUUGGUUCCUGAGGACGAGGUUGGGCAUGUUUCUCUAGUCACAUGCAGCUACACUUAGACUCCUCCAUAGUGGCAGGCACUUGAGGGCUUGGCUGGCCAUUUCUCUUGGUCCAUGCUGGUUACCAGUCCCUGAUGGCAGCUGGGAGGCUUGCGGGAGAUGUGGCUGGCUUCCAAAUUAGGUAGUUUUGUCCCCAACUACCAAGGGGAUAAAAGUGAAGCUUCAGGAACUUCCGGGAGAACAUGGCGGACAGAUAACAGCAACUACUGGAGGCUCUCUGAAAGACUCAGCUCAGAAGCCAGGAAUGGUGCAGACUAUGGAGACAUAAGCAGGUGGAGAUAUGCUCUGCUGACUCAGGAAUGAACUGGGCUGAGAGAAACCAACUUGGAAUGCAGUCCUGGUGCUAAAACAGGAACAGAAAAGCCUCGGUGUGGAGGCUGGACCCCGCGCCAUUGUAAGCCGCGAUUUGGGUUUCCUGCCGCGCGGCGGCUGGCUGCCUCUACAGUGGCUCGGCAAGGGGAGAGACGCGCAGAAGCUCUGAGAACGGCAAUCUGCGAACGGCAGGGAGGCGUGCACUGACUUGUGGUGAGGUGAGUGAGAGAAACUGACACUCUACCACGGUUUGACUCCAGCAGAGGACUUUCUGGGCCCGAGCAGUCCUGCGGGAGCAGGGCACGGUGGCGACUCCAGCCACACAUCCCCCUCUCGGGCUGGAUUGGUGAAAAGUGCCUGGCCUGCGUGACGCUGCCGGCGGACCUGGUAGGCUGUCCCAACCCAGAUCCCAGAGCCUGACAGUGGCCGGGAGGGGAGACGCGUAGGCUGCCUGGUCCGUAACUCCCUGGUGCGCAGCGGUGAGCGGGAACACCUAACUGGCGCAAUUCGAUCAGGCUGUGGCUGACUGGGAGAGAAGCUGGGCCUCUUAUAUAAGCUUGCAUAUAUAAGGAACAGAGAAGAAGAGGCAGCAUGGGAAGAGGCAGCAACAAGAAAGGCUCCUCGGCCCCCAAUUCUGAGAAACAGGCAAUAGCAGACACCGCACCAAUACACAUAAGGCGCCAUAUAGAGAGCCUCAUAGACCAAUUCAGGAAUGAAGUUAUCAAUGACCUGAAGCUAGAAGUAUGCAGAAUAGUUAGAGAAAUGCUAAGUACCACCCAAGAAAAAACAGGUGGUGGAAUGGAAGAACAGAAAAAAAGGGGAGAAUUGUUUGAUGGAGAAAACAGAGAAAGCAUAGAAUACGUGAAGCAGGUUCAAAGGGACUACCAAGAUACUAAGAAGUCUAUCGAAGACUGGCAUAACAGCUUGAAAGAAACUAAGGACAGACUAUCUGAACUGGAGGGCAGACUUGUAAUAUGGGAGAAUGAAAUGAAAAACUUCUUAAAAAUAACAAAGAAACAAACAGCAAUAAUACAAAGACAAGAAGAUGAUAAGAGGAGACAUAACUUAAGGAUUAAGAACAUAAAAGAAUAAGUAGGGACACAAACAAGUGAACUACAAAAGCUACUCACAGAAAUAAUCCAGGAGAAUUUUCCUAAUUUAGCAAAAGGUAAAGAUACUCAGAUGUAUGAGGCAUACAGGACCCCAGCUACCUACAACCCAAACAGAGCUACACCCAGGCAUAUAAUAAUCAAAAUUCCAGAAAUUCAAUACAAGAACAGAAUAUUAAAAGCUGUCAGAGACAAGAAACAGACCACUUACAAGGGAACACCCAUCAGAAUUACAGCAGAUUUCUCUGCACAAACCAUCAAAUCACGAAGAGCGUGGGGAGAAAUAAUUCAAGCUUUGAAAGAUAAUAAUCUCCAGCCAAGAUUGAGAUAUCCUGCACAACUGUCCCUGGAAAUUGAUGGAAAAACAAGGUGCUUCCAGGAUAAAGAGGAACUGGGGGAAUUUGCAACCACCAAUUCAACUCUACAGAGAGUAUUGCAGGAUAUUCUAAAAAAAGAAAAUUACAAAGAAUCCAGAAAUAAUGGCAGAGAGGCCACAACGAAUGGAGCAGAGAACAAAAUGAAGAAGACAAACUGACAGCUACUGACAGAAAAAGAGCUCAACAGAAAUGAGGCAGAGAGGAUUGGAUGAUAGGAACAGCUAUUUUGGAGAAAAUGACAUCUUAAUAGGUAAUACUGAUUUAGUAUCAUCUUGUUUUGAAGUCUUAUCUAGCUUUUGUCCUUCUGUCUCCAAUGGUCUAAAUAGGCUGUAUCUUAUUGGAUUUUAUUAUGUACGAUAGUAUAAGCAAAAACCUUUUAAAGACAAGGAGAUUAUACAGAAACCAUUGUUCAUUUUCUGUUAGUCGAUUCUAAAUACUCUGUAAUGCUGUCAUUCUCUUGAAUGGUUUUACAUUGUUUUGAUAUACUUAAUGCUACAGUAUACGAAGUUGUACUCAAGGAUUUCAAAGAAAGAGACAAUAUGGUAACUACUUUUAGGUUAGGAUUAUCUGGUGGUGAAACACUACUCUGCUUAAAUGGUUAUGUUUUGAUCUGCGCUGUUUCGUUGUUAUGCCCUCUUUUAUCUCAAUCUCCACUCCAUUAUUUACUUUUUUAUCUUUAUCCUUUUAAUUAAAGGAAAAAAAUAGCAGGAUAUAUUAUAGUAACCCACUUUGACUUUUCAUUACCUUGAUUUAAAGCCCUGUAUUACUCUCACCAUCUGGUUUUUAACUGAUGUUCCCCUAUUCUGUUUUGCUGGAUAGUAUCAGGUUCGAAAGUUUAGGCAUCAGCUGUGAAGAUAAUGAGAUUCAUUAUGACGCCCAUUCUUGUUGACUUUUAUCUACUUUCGAAGACCUACAAUGUCUCCAAUGUUUUGGUUUUGUCGGUUUUAUUCUUUACUGUUUUGUUCAAUUGUAUUAUAACUAACGAUAUAGGCAAUUCUAUUAGAGAUAGCGGGAGGCAUUAUGGUAACCAUUUUUGAUCACCCUGUAUUAUGUUUUUACAUUAUCUAUUAUGUCCACCCUUUUGACUUGACCGAUUCUGUUCUGUUAUGUCACAUUUGGUUUUACUCUCUUCCAAAAAAGUAAUAAGAACCGUGGGAGCAAUGAAACCCAAAAUGUGUAAUAGUCAUGGUACAAAAGAGAGGAAAAGAAAGUGCUCCAAACUAUAUAACUGCAUGUAUAUUUAAAUGUGUAAGAUAGAAAAUGAUAUCACAGAGUUUUAUUGGAUCAAUGAACAGAACUGUUUGCAGUAUCGUUGAUGGAAUGUCCACUUUACAAGCUUUAAUUUUGUGACUUGAACAAUUAUUUCUAAGAUGACAAUAUGUAAUCCAUUAACUAGUGAUUUCCUACUGUUCAUUUUUUUUCUGUAAAUCUGUAUAACUUGUACCCUUUCCCUGCUUUUUUUUUUUUUUUUUUUCUUUUCUCCUUAAAUAAAAUUUAAAAAAAAAAGUGAAGCUUCAUUAAAUGUACUUCCUUGUACCUGGAAAGAAUUUAAUUCAUCUCUUUGCUCUGGGCAGAAGCCAAUAAUUGAAAGCAUCAUUUCUUUAAAACUGGCUCAUUUAAGCAUGUCUGCCUUCUCCUUUUUUGAAGUCAAGUACACCAUUCAAUUUUGCUUUGGCUUUUGCUUCUGCAAAUUGUUAGUUCCUGUGUCACAGAAAUGCUGCUUAACAGGACAGACGGCUCUCCAGAUUGGUCCCUGGUGCUCCUGACUGCAAAUAAGUUUGUGGAGGUUUCAGUCCAUAAUCAUCUGUGUCCAAGGCAGGUUGUCUUGCUUUUAUAAAGGCUUCUGGUUUAAAGGGCUUUGUCCAAAUUUGUAUAUAGAAUGUUCUUGACAUUUCUUUUUGUCAUUUCUUUUUUCAAUGUUUCUUGCAUGUCCUCUCUUCCAGUGAUGCCCAUGAGCUCCUGAUUGCUCUCUUGAAGCUGAAUGUUUUAUAUGGUUCUCAGUCUUGUCCUUUUAUUCUUCAGUGCUGCCAUCUCCUAUGUUUUUAAGGAUUUUAAUGUCAAAAUUAAAAGCUUGCUCUGCACUUCCCAUGUAUAAAUUCAUCAUCCCUCUA